AUGGUAGCGCACAACUUCAGUGACAGGAUUCAGGAGGAGACGCGGUCUGAUCUCCUCGGGUUCCAGGGCAGCCUGAUGUAUAUAUACAGAGUUCUGGCAUGUGCAUGUUAUAUCUCAAGGAGUGGAUUGACAAGAAGGAGGCAAGGCGGGUCACUUGUCUGUAUGAUGACUUCCCUGACCAAGAUUUCCACCUGGGAUAUUCAUGAGGGCGUUAUGACCUGGGCAAGCCCAGAGCAGCCAGCCAGUAUCAAGCUGUUGACUACCCUCCCUGAGAUGCACAUGGCUGUCACUGUAGAUAUAAGAUCAACUAUCAAACUGUGGGACUGUCAGAGCAGGGAAGCUCUGGCUAUUAACAACCUGUUAUUUCCCUGUAUAUCACUGAAAGCUGUCUUUACCAAGGAUGGCCCGAUUGUCUUGGCAGGCGAUACCUCGGGUAGCCUCUACAUCUUUAGGAUUCCCGACUUACACCAAAUUUCCAAACUCAAAGUAUUCCCAUAUGCUGUUGAUGAACUCCACUGCUCUCCUCAGAAUAAAUGGGUAUUUUUGAGUAACACCCACCCAUAUAUUUUGCCAAAGGUGUUUUACAUGAGGAGCCUUCUGAGGACAUCAGAAUUCUCUGCCCCUGUGUCUACAGUUCUCGAAUUUUCCUUCUGCCGACGAGCCUUCUGGACCCCAAGAAGGGAGGACAGAAUAACCCUGAUGUCCCGAACUGGUUCCCCCCAAAUCACGAUGUUUGGCACAUUUGAUAUGAAGCUGGAAGAGAAUGGAAACAGAAUAAUUGUUGCAGGACAUUUGAAAUCACGCUUCUCGUUCCACGAUUACAAGGCGAGCCUGAAAUGGUUCGGAGUCAGUGAUAAGAAUGUGAUUGUUUUUUCAACUGAAUCCUCUCUCUUGCUCUUCAGCAUGGAUGGUACCCCUCUGCAGAAACUCGAAUACUGCCACGAGAUCUGGAGACUGUGGGUGGACCCUCUUCAUGUCAUUGUCACCUUUAAUGAUGGCUCUUUGGAAGUGUAUUCGUGGGAGGAGAGAAGCCAGCUGCUCAGGAGGUGUUAUCGGCUGCAAAACAGGAAAACUCUGCCACCAUAUGGCUUCAUUUACCAAAUGCUAUGUGACGAUAUGAGCAUAGUUCAGGUAAUGAUAGAUGGUCACGGCCUCUGCUGUGUGAUGGCAUAUGUCUUGAACAUCUGCUCUUGA